AUUCAACAAGUUCUUAUCAGCAUGUAAUUUAUGUAAUAUCUGCGUACGCACUGCGCUCUCUAACAGGUGUAUGUAAAGAAGUGAAGACGUGUGAAAGGAAUGACGCGUGAAAAAGAGUGGCGCUGCUUGUUGAACGAGUUCGUCUCGCACCAGGCUCGUCUCGUCUCGUCCGGUCGAUCGACCUUCCGUCCGCAAGCAGCGGCGGCGGUUGGCGACGACGAGCGCGGACGAGUGCUCGGACGACGAGCGACGAAAGUGGAUCGCGACCGAAUUUGUGUGGUGCAUGCGAUCGACGUAUAUUGCACGGCAUUCAGUUCGUUCCUGCUCGCGCGCAAAGAACAUUGUGAAGUACGUUCGCGUUUGAAUUUACAUUGAACCCGCGCCGUGCUGAACUUCUACAGGACUUUCCUGCGAAAUACAAGCCGGCGACACAUAAAUAUUCACACGGUGGAAGAAGACGAUGCGCCGCACCGUUCCCGUUCUCCCUGGCGAACCGAACUAGAGGGGAGAGGAGAGGGUCGCGAAUCGAUAGCGCGCGAUUUCGGCGGUGCGUCGGGUCAGCUGGUGGUGCUUCCCGUCUGCCAGGGGCCUCGUUGGAUCUUCCUGUUUCGCGUCGCCGUGCCACCUUCAUCUCUGGGAAAAGCUCUGGGUGGCAGCGGCGCUGGUCCGAAGGGUAGCAACCCUUGCCCGCGAUGAGAUACACCAGCGACCGGGCGAUGAGAUGCUCCGUCGAGAAAAAAGCCUUGCAGUCCGCCGGCCUCGACAUCGACUUGAGCGACGACGACGACAAGGAGUGCGACGAUGAGAAUGCGACGUUAAACGAGCAUCAACAGCACGACGCUAAGAUGUGGUUGACAACUGCCGAAGCAGCCAGCCUUGGAGCAGAGGAGAUUGCGGCCAGAUUGCACGUCGAUGUGCGAACAGGACUUAAGUGGCAAGAAGCUGAUCAUAGGAGGCAGUUGACAGGUUUUAACGAAUUCACUGUGAAGGAGGAAGAUCCACCAUGGAUGAAGUAUAUCGAACAGUUCAAGAAUCCAUUGAUUCUUCUCCUACUUGCCUCCGCGUUUGUCAGCGUAUGUAUGAAACAAUUUGACGAUGCGGUCAGUAUUACGGUGGCUAUCAUAAUAGUGGUGACAGUUGCGUUUGUACAAGAGUACCGAUCAGAGAAAUCUUUAGAAGAAUUGAAUAAAUUGGUACCACCGAUAUGUCACUGCUUGCGAGAGAGCCACGUAGAGACGUUUCUUGCGCGUAAUUUAGUUCCUGGUGAUGUAGUGUAUUUAAAUAUUGGGGACCGAGUGCCUGCUGACAUCAGAAUAUUCGAGGCCAUCGACUUGGCGAUUGACGAGAGCAGCUUCACCGGCGAGACUGAGCCGGCGCAAAAGUCGACGGCGCCUCUGCUCAAGACCAAUGGGUUGACGUCGAAACGUAACAUUGCCUUCAUGGGCACCCUGGUGCGCUGCGGCAACGGCAAGGGAAUCGUAGUGAAUACGGGAGAAAACAGUGAAUUUGGGGAGGUUUUCUCGAUGAUGCAGGCCGAGGAGGCGCCAAAGACUCCACUACAGCGAAGCAUGGACAUUUUAGGUACACAGCUGUCCUUCUAUUCGUUCUGCAUUAUCGGCAUCAUCAUGCUGCUGGGCUGGAUCCAAGGUAAGGCUAUCCUUGAGAUGUUUACCAUUGGUGUAAGCUUGGCAGUGGCAGCGAUACCGGAGGGUCUGCCCAUCGUUGUAACUGUCACACUGGCGUUGGGAGUGAUGAGAAUGGUCAAGAGAAAGGCCAUUGUGAAGAAGCUGCCGACCGUCGAGACUCUUGGUUGCGUAAAUGUGAUCUGUUCCGACAAGACCGGCACGAUAACGAAGAACGAGAUGACCGCCACGAUCCUCGUGACGUCAGAGGGUUACAUCGCGGAUGUUACCGGAGCAGGAUACAACGGCGUAGGAGAAGUGCACAUUCGGAAAUGUGACAAUACCGAUCUCGCGCGCGCCGCUAUCAGUAAUAUGUUGGAAGUAGGUUGUGUAUGUAACAACGCUAUUAUACAUAAUGAUACCCUGCUGGGACAACCGACGGAAGGCGCGCUGAUAGCCGUGGCAAUGAAAUUCGGAAUGUACGGCGUCGCUGAUAAGUUCUUGCGUUUGCAAGAAUAUCCAUUUUCCUCCGAGCAAAAAAUGAUGGCUGUGAAGUGCACGCCGAAAUUUGGCGAGAAUAAACAAGAAAUAUUCUUUGUGAAAGGCGCUUUGGAGAAGAUCUUGCCGCAAUGUACAAAGUAUUACGAGAACGGCCAAGUGUAUUCACUUAGUCAGAAGAAGGAUCAGGAAUUCUUGACGGAAGCGUAUGAUAUUGGCCAGCAAGGAUUGCGAGUAAUUGGUUUAGCACGCGGCAGUACAUUGCAAGAUUUAAUUUACGUCGGUUUCGUCGGCAUUUGCGAUCCACCGAGACCACACGUGCGCGAAUCUAUUAGCAUUUUGAUAAACAGCGGUGUGAAAGUGAAGAUGGUGACUGGCGAUGCCAAGGAAACUGCGGCUGCAAUAGCCAGCAUGAUCGGACUGGAUACGCUUCACAGCCGGCUAUUAUCGGGAGACGAGAUCGACAUGAUGUCUGAGCAUCAACUCGAACAGUGCAUCAAUAACGUGAGCGUAUUUUACCGCGUAACACCAAAACACAAGCUUUGCAUCGUGAAGGCCUUGCAGAGAAACGGCAAUAUAGUCGGCAUGACCGGCGACGGUGUGAACGACGGAGUCGCGUUGAAGAAGGCCGACAUAGGCAUCGCUAUGGGCAAAAAUGGCACCGAUGUGUGCAAAGAAGCGGCCGACAUGAUUCUAGUCGAUGACGAUUUUGGCACCAUUAUCGCGGCAAUCGAGGAGGGAAAAGGAAUCUUUCAUAACAUUCGUAAUUUUGUAAGAUUCCAAUUGAGUACGAGUAUAGCCGCGCUCUCCUUGAUCGCUCUCGCAACAUUGAUGAGUAUACCGAAUCCCCUGAACGCUAUGCAAAUACUGUGGAUUAACAUCAUUAUGGAUGGUCCGCCUGCGCAGAGUCUCGGAGUGGAACCGGUAGACAAAGAUGUAUUAAAACAGAAGCCACGGAACACUAAAGAGCCAAUGAUCACACGUCAUCUCAUACUUAAUGUUUUAUUGUCAGCUAGCAUAAUUAUUCUUGGCACUUUAUGGGUAUACAAUAGAGAGAUGGUUAAUGGAAAUACAGCCAGAGAUACCACCAUGACAUUUACAUGCUUCGUAUUCUUCGACAUGUUCAACGCCCUUAGUUGUAGAUCGCAGACGAAAUCCAUAUUCACGAUCGGUCUGUGGAGUAACAAAAUGUUCCUGGUAGCCGUAACGUUAUCUGUCAUCGGACAAAUGUUCGUGAUCUACUUUCCUCCGUUACAGAGAAUAUUUCAGACUGAGGCACUUACGGCGACAGAUCUUCUAUUCUUGGCGGCGUUGACGUCGAGCGUCUUCGUAAUAAGCGAGACGAAGAAGUUCGUCGAGAGGCAAUUGCAGAGGCGCCGCAGCAACAGCCAGUGUUACAACAAGUUCGAAAUGGACUUCGUAUGACAGUUGCAGUCUGCCGGCGAGAGCAAGGCGGACAAAGAUCAUAACGAAUAAGCGCAUCAAUUAUCGCGACACGGCUCAAUAAACGCGGUCGGUCGCGUUGAUUUACAAUUGAAACAGUUACUUCUUGCUGACAUCUACUCGACUAUGCUUGCACUUCGUCACGUGUGCACCUAUCACACAUACACAGGGAAACAACAAUAUCCUUUUCCGUGACAGUAUUGAUUGCGCGGUGACUGCGGUUUUUUUUUUUUCUACAAAAUACACAAUUCCGUUUCUUUCCCAGCACAUAAUGCACGUAGAGAGAGAUAAAAAUAAAGAAAAGAAACAUUUCGUAUAAGGAUAUGGUAAGUUUUACAUAAACUAUAGUUAUUUAGAUUACAUUUAAUUAUUGUCCCUACAAAAUGAAAGACUACGAAUCACUGUUUUGUAGAUGAUAGCGAUGCUACUGCACAUUCCACGCACGUUUAAUAGAUAAUGUCGACGAUUUUUAACGAUAUAUUCCUUCUAUAUCUAUAUUAGUAGUAGAUUGCAGUCCAGAAAGCAAUGUUUGCACCGUGAACCAUCGUAAUCAUUCUAUCGUACACUUUUUUCUAAAUAACGUGACAAUUUUUAAGACCCGCUAGAAGGGGGAGAAAUGCCGAUUUCCUCAUCCGUUCAUUCACUGUCAGUCAAUUCUAGAAAAGAAGACGAAUCAUGCAGCAUUUUACCGAGUAAGACAGAGAUAAGCAUUAUUGUAAGUAAAAAAAAAAAAAACAGGUCAUACAAAUCGAUUGCAUUUAACACACACACUUGUAAUCGGCGAAAAUAAACGCUCUUACAACGUUCCUUAUUAAUUCUA